CAAAUUUCUAAUGCCGCACCUGUACUCAAUUUUGACAGAUGUAAGUGAGGUUAGGUAAGAAUUUAAAAAAAAAUGUAAACAUGGCCAGGAUUCAAAGAUUUAUCGAUAUUGGUGCUAAUCUUACGGAUUCUAUGUACCAGGGCAUUUACAAUGGCUCCAAAAAACAUGAACCUGAUCUUACCCAUGUCCUAAAAAGGAGCUGGAAGUCUGGUUUGGAAAAGAUAAUUAUAACUGGGGGAAGCUUAAAAGAAAGCAAAGAAGCUAUUGAGCUCGCCAAGACAGAUGAUAGAUUAUAUGCAACAGUGGGUUGUCAUCCGACUAGAUGCAAUGAGUUUGAACAAGAGGAAAAUACACCAGAAAAUUACCUUCAAAGUUUGAAAACUUUGAUUGCAGAAAAUGAACAUAAAGUUGUAGCUCUGGGAGAAUGCGGUUUGGACUAUGACAGACUCCAUUUUUGUGAAAAGGAAACUCAGAAAAAGUAUUUCGAGCUCCAACUGAAGCUUAACGAAGAACUUAACUUGCCCCUUUUUUUGCAUUGUCGAAAUGCCGCUAGUGACUUGUACGAUAUUCUUUCCAAUUAUAAGUUUAAAGGGGUGGUACAUUCGUUUGAUGGGAACUUAGAGGAAGCCAAGAAAUUUAUUGAUUUAGGGUAUUUUAUUGGAUUAAAUGGAUGUUCAUUAAAAACCCAAGAAAAUCUGGACACAGUAAAAAAUUUGCCUAUCGAAAAACUUAUGAUAGAAACUGACUGUCCUUGGUGUGAAGUAAGACCAACCCACCCUGGAUACAAGUUUAUCCUCGAAGAAAACAAGAAAUUUCCCUCUGUGAAAAAGGAAAAAUGGCAGCCUGACCAUAUGGUGAAGAGUAGAAAUGAACCUACGAAUAUUAGGCAAGUCUUGGAUAUAAUUUCGGCACUUAAACAAGAACCCAGCGACAGUUUGAGUGAAAAAAUCUUCCAAAACACCAUGGAUGUAUUUUUUAAGAAAUAAAACGCGUUAGUAGUAAAAAA